AUGGCGGGCAGGUUGGGGUUGGAUGAGCCAUGCAGUCCACUGCUGUCACUGCGAUCGCUGGAUGGGCAAAAACCUCGAAAUAAAACCAACUGCGCCUGGCUCAAACCCAUACCUUCCCCACAAGCCCAUACCAAAAAUGCCUCAAUCAGAAGUGCACGCGUUUCAGUGCGCAUACACCACUCGGCCAUUCACAUAAAUACAUACGUCCGAAUCGAACGCCGCAUCCCGGACGGCCAGGUUUCACAGCGCAGUUGUGUGCUUGUUUUGUGGUGUGUGCUCAUAACGAAGAAGCAUCUUUCUUCCAGAGCCCGGAACGACCAGAUGGGCGUGAUUCGGACGGUUGCGCAUAAAGUCUUUCGGUGCUUCUGGAGGAUCGAACGGUGUGCGGACAGACUGACGGGGAAAGUCGGCCCGUUCUUCAUCGCCAUUGCUGUCCUAUUGAUCACAAUGGCCAUCGUCACAUAUUUCGAUGUGAUCUUUCCGAUGGCGUUCCUCCAGCCGGAGUGCGACCCAUUGAUGUCCGUACUGAGCCUGAUAUUCAGUGUAUAUCUAUCGGCAUGCUCGAUGAUCCACUACUAUUUUGCAUGCACGACCGCCCCAGGCUCGCCCUCGGAGCCGAUCAACCAGCCCAACAAGUCCUUCUCACUCGGCCGCUCCUCGUGUGCCCGCGGCCUCCGUCGAUGGCUCCCCCGCGGACAGAGAAUUGGCCCCGUCAAGCAGGAAAUGAUCGAGCAGUAUCGCGCCAAUAUCAACCGCCAUUGCCUCAAAUGUCUCAAGAACGGGAUCAAGGGCGUCGACGGCCGGGGUCCUAUCAAACCCGAGCGUGCCCAUCACUGUCGGGUCUGCGGGGUCUGCCAGCUCAAAUACGAUCAUCAUUGUCCUUGGAUCAAUCAAUGCGUGGGCCUGAGGAAUGAGAGAUUCUUCCUACUAUUCCUGUUUUACAUGACCGUUUCUUGUGCAUGGGUGGUCUUUUGGGGAUGGCCAUCGUUUACUGAAAGCUUAGAUUUCUCUACAAGUUGGCCGUUCUGGUCCCCUCGGAUUUUCGUCAUCUUAACUUGGGUAUUGGCCUUAGCGAUCGGAGUGACGAUUGGGAUCAUGUUCGGCUGGCAGUUGUUGCUGAUUGCAAAGGGAGAGACAACAGUCGAAUCUAGUGACAAUGAAUAUUAUCACCAGUUGUUUUCUCAAAGGGGCCAGAAAUAUGUGAACCCGUUCGACUUAGGAGUGCGGGGGAAUCUGGAGCAGUUUUUCAACACCGGUCGAGGCGGCCGAUGUGGAUGGUAUACGGUCCUCCUUCCGCUCAAGUUCCCGCCGAGCAACGAUGGCUGGAGCUGGCCCAAACGCGCCGGAUGGGAGAACCAAGUGAUCAACUUGGCCGAAGAAUUGACCGACGAAGAGGACGAUGAAGAUGACCAUCCGACCCCGCUUUGA